AUGGAUAGGAAGCGGGCUGAUUUGUAUCCUUGGUCCGAAAAAUACGAGAUGCUUGACCGCCCGUCCGGAGAUAUACGGUGCGCGAACGGCUAUUCCAACGGUGAUGUAUCGGCUGGUGUUCACGGGACUAACUCUCAGGAUACGAAUUUCGCGACCGUUACUGAAGACCAAACUGUCAACGGCAAGGAGCUGAUCUCAAUUUUUCCCACCAACUUACCAUCUGAUUCCUCCAGACACAUCGCCGUCUACUCGCAAAGGGCAGACAGUGAAUGCGAUUUUUUGGAGAAUGUUGAACUGAACUCUGACUCUGGCAGCGAGUGUCCGCAGCCGUUGGAACUGGAGGAACUGGAACAGUUUGCAAGAAAUUUCAAGCUGAAGCGGAUCAAACUCGGUUUCACUCAAAGCGAGGUCGGCGUGGCGAUGGGUCUCCUGUAUGGGACCGAUUUCUCUCAGACGACCAUUUCGCGAUUCGAGGCGCUGAACCUCAGUUUCAAGAACAUGUGUAAACUGAAACCGUUGCUUCAUAAAUGGUUGGAGUUCGCUGAUCAGAAUUCGAAAAGUGGCAUGUAUCUCCAGGUCAUUGGGCGAGUGACGAACGGCAGAUUCCGCUACAUGACCAUCUACGUGAUGUAUGAUUCGUCGUACUUCUAA